AUGGUUAGCCUAAAUACCCAACACGGACGCAGUGGAGGAAGCUGUGCUAUUCAUUGUGAUUCUAAAUUUUCUCUCAUCAGGAAUACACCACUUAUUGAUCAUCUAGAACCACCUUAUCGACCGAUAAAAACAACUGGCUUCAUUAUCUUACACAUACUUUUGACUAUUGCAUUUAUCACAGGCAUUGUCCUCUUCCCGGCAAUAAUAUGUCCUGAUCCUCUACAUAAUGAUACAAUAGGAAGAUGUAAUAAUCAUUCAGGUUAUAAUAUUGCAUUAUACAUUCAUGCAGGUGGUUACAUCGUUAGUCUUGCUUUUGAUCGUUUAUAUCAUCAUUAUCAAGACCUGUCUCGACGGGAUGGUUACCUCGAAUUCUACCGUCAAACAAGAAAUCUAAGACGUACACCUUUAUUUAUUAUAUCGAUUGGUAAUGCAAUUCUUGUUGCUCUAAUUGAACUACUCGGAUCCUAUCGUGACUCACUUUUUCAUUUGAAUUGGAAAUUAUAUCCAUGGUAUUUCUUAGUACUACUUACUUCUCUUGAGGUGCUUGUUAUAUUGGGCGCUCUGCUUUGGUAUCUCGUCCUCACGUUGAAAUUUAAUAAACGCCGUGCACGUCCUGAUGCGACGCAAGAAGAUCUCCUUUCAAGUUUCGUCACUUCGCAAACAGCAGCAAAUGAAAUUGGUUUUCGUGACGAGAGUUAUCGCGAGAAUGUUUUGGAAAAACAAGCCGAUUUAAUCCGGUAUUUACGUGAACGUAACGAACAACUCGGCCGUCUGGUUCUUCAACACAAACAACGAGUUGACUUUCAACAAGGAGCCUUACUAUUUACUAUUCACAUUGCUUGCUCGCACGCAUCAGUCGUGCUGAGUACACGAGCAAUUACUGAAAAACAAGGCCGAGAUGUGGUUCUCUCAUGUCGAUUCGACGGUCUCACCGAUCGAGAUCGAGUCAUGUGGUCAAAGGAUGGUGUUGUACUUUCCGUGAAUCAGGAAAUCUCAGGUGAUAAACAAAAAUACGAGAUCAUUGGCAAAUAUGAUUUAAUCAUUAAAACCAUUGCUGGAAAUGAUAGUGGCCGAUAUUUAUGUCAAAAUUUUGAUCAAGCCUUAUCCAUGACUAUUGAAUUAACCGUUCUAACACGUCCAAGCAAACCGGAACUAUAUCAAUCAAAUGAGACUUUAGUUGAAGGUAGUUUAGCAUUAUUUGUUUGCACAACACAAGGAGGCAAUCCAUUACCGACGUUUACUUGGUUGAUUAACCAAAUACCAAUCAAUACGUCAUUCUAUACUGUUGCUCCGAAUACAAGUGAACUACGUCUGCCAUUGGAGAAACGUUUCCACAAUCAACAAUUGAUAUGUCAAGUUAACAAUCAAGCGUUAGAUGAUCCAUUGAGUACAUCGCUUCGAUUGAACGUUCAAUAUAAACCUGAAAUUAAUCUUCGUCACGGUUCAUCGUUGGUCACCAAUCUUAAUUUACUUGUGAUUGAGAAUGAUCGAUUAACACUUGACUGUCAAAUUCAAUCGAAUCCAUCGACCAUCGAACCAAUCACGUGGUUAAAAAAUGGAGCAUCGAUGACUGGUAUCAAUUCACCUACAUUGACAUUGCAAACAAUUAAACGAAAUGAUGAAGGCGAAUACACAUGUAUAACAUCGAAUGCUAUUGGUCGUAGUCAAGCAUCAGUUCAUAUUCGCGUGCAAUAUGCUCCAAUUGUUCGGCUGACUGGUGGUGGAAUUCUAUCCGAAAACAAACGUUUAGUUCUUACAUGCAUUGUCGAUGCUUAUCCAUCAAUCGAUUCGUAUCAAUGGUUUAAGAAUGAUGUCAAACUGAACACUAGUUCAUUGACAUCAUCAUUGAUUAUCGAUAAGGUGUCGAAAUAUGAUUCCGGAAUUUAUAUGUGUAUGGCGAAAAAUACUUUGAAAUACUCCAAUGGAAGUGCAGUCGAAAAAUUCGAUAAGACACAAACACGUGUUACUGUUGAAUAUGCGCCGAUCGUUCGUUCGCCGACACCGAUACUCGCAUCCGAUCCAUUUGCAUCGAAUACGAAGCUCGAAUGUGAAAUCGAUUCAUAUCCCGAAUCGAAUAUCAUCUGGACGUACAAUCAACGACAAAUCUUUCCCUCAAAUAAAUAUUCAAUUAUCCAAAACAAGAACUCGUCGUAUUUGAUAAUUCAACAAUUACAAUCAAAUUUCGAUUACGGUCUCUACACAUGCAAUGCUUCGAACAGACUUGGCCACAAUUCAGCUACAAUACAAUUAAGAUCAAAAGAUGUACCUGAAACACCAACAAAUGUGAAUCUAACGAGUGUAACAUAUUCAACCAUUAGUUUGACUUGGCAAGCAGGUUUCGAUGGAGGUUGGCCACAAACUUUCUUGGUUUCACUUAAUAACUCAUUAUGGAAAGAAACUAAUGAAAGUCUCUAUGUAUUUACAAAUCUUCAACAUUCGCAACUGUACAAUAUUUCAAUUCGAGCACGAAAUCGUCUCGGGCAAAGUCGUGAUGCUUCGUCGAUAAGCGUACAAACAAAAAAUGUGCCGAUUGAAAGAGAAGAUUUACCCCAAAUUGAAUAUGCUACAAUACAUUUCUCCGAGGAAACACUUGAUUAUCGCUUGAAUAACUUCAGUUUCCUCUCGUUGAAAGUUCCGCUAUGUAUUCGAAUCGAUAUUUAUAACCAAUCGAAUCUUUGCGAACGGAUAGUUACAUCGAGUGGAAUUAUCAAAUUAGAGAAAAACGAUUUGCUCAAUGUUCACAAUGUGUCGAUCUGUCUUGAUCAGUAUAUCGAUUACUGUGGAUAUGCUGUUGGUGUUGAAAUGAAACGCGAAGUCGCAUUUAAUUGGAUAUUUAUUUUAAUUGCUUCGAUUAUUAUCGUCUUUUUUCUGAUUCUUUGCGGUCUGUGUAUCUUUUGCUUUGUACAAAACCACAAACGACGACGAAAUAGUAAUGCUCAUAUGAUCACUUCUUCCAUCAAAAAGCCACCAAUCGUGAUUGAAUCUAUUCCAAGUCCAACAAAGUUAUUCUCCUAUCCUGAACAGCAUCUUCAUUCAUCAUUCACCAAAAUAGCUGAAAUUCAAAAGCUCGAUCAAUACAAAGAUAAACAAACAAACCGCUUGAUUGUCACAACAACAACCGCAGCUACAAACGGACAUUGUUCCAGCAAUGCGAGUGGCUCGAGCGAUCCAAUCUUAUUAUCAAAUCCAAAUUCAUCAUCGUUAUCGGGCAGUGAUCAAUUAACAGUUACUGAUUUUUAUCCAUCAACAAAUCCGACAGACUUAUCAUACAAAUCAUAUACAAAUCCAACUGAGUUACCAUUAUCAUCUGCUCAAAACGAUCUACUUUGGACACAAUCGCAAUAUGGCAGCUAUGGUUUUCCAUUUUAUACUCCAACGAGUAAUAUCCAAGAAAUAGUAUCAAAUAAACAUAUGAAAGAAGAUAGUGCAGAAAGUGGUUACUCAACUCCAUCAAAAACUCAUUAUCAAAGCAAGAAGACUGUCUAUGAAGUGGUCGUAUGA